AUUUAACGGUGACUGAAAAAACAAAAAUGACGCUGUUUUUUAUGAUAUCAAUUGUUUUUGUUUACAGGGUGUAUUGCAUAAACGUUCUUGAUGUUAUGAAAGAAUUGGACUCCUUAAAACAAGAGAUACGCUCCCAAAACCAACGAUUGGAUCACUUGCAACACAUAAUGAACGAUCUUUCCAAAAGAGACAUUGUGAACAAGUCGCUACCAAUCGAACACUUUGAAACUCGGAUAAAGAUAAAUGACAACAAAAGAAUGAUUUCUACGUCACAAAUUGCAUUUUAUGCGUCAAUGUCAAACAAUGAACCCACCAUUGGUACACAUCAUUUGCUCAUUUUUGAUCAUGCAUUACUCAAUGUCGAGAAUGGAUAUCAUCCGAAUUCCGGGGUGUUCAUAGCUCCAAAGAGUGGAAUAUAUGUGUUUAUGUGGACCCUUCGAUUAUACGAUCAGUCCAUUGUGCUCGUGGUAAAUGGCAUUGACUACACUUCAAUCUACAAUAGAGCGUUUGAUCAUGACGGUACUUUGCAUACCAUUGGAGCGGAUGAGUCCGUGACAGGAUAUGCCGUCGCUAGGGUCAAUCAGGGAGAUGAUGUCUUCCUUCGAACACAUUCAGCGUACAAAGGCAAGGAGGGAAUAUUCAGCAAUGGUUUUGGCUUAUCAACGUUUGGUGGCUGGAUCUUAUUUUAGAGAGUUUUUUUCGACUGAAAGUUUUAAAAUAUAUUUGAACAGCAAUCAAAUAUAUAUGAACAAAGCUAAUAUUUUAUUAAAAAUCGAAUUCCUUAAAUUAAUCUCUUACUAAGCGUCAAAAUAUAUAUUUGAAAUCUUGUAAACAUCAAGUUAUAUUAACCAGAAAUCAUUCAUUCCUUAUUUUCUAAAAUAUUUCUGUUUGUAUAAAUGUUUACAAAUGUCCUAUGUCUUCUUAUUGUUUACUUGGAUAAGGUAG